AUGUGUUUGACUCCCAAAAUCAAGAAGAUCGAGGAGCACAAGCGCAAGAAGGAGCGCAGGCAGCGCGAGCGCGAGGACCGCGAGCGCCAGGAGCGCGUGAGGAAGGCGCGCGAGGCCCAAGAGAAGGCCCGGGCCGAGGCGGCCAACGACUGUUGUGGCAACGGCGGCUGCGGUACCGGACCGUGCAGCGGCGGUGCCGAUGCCGGCGGCAUGCCCGGCAUGGGCCAGUUCUCGCAGUUCCUCAACGAUCCGGAGGUCAUCCAGGCGUUCCAGGAUCCGGAAGUGGCUGCGGCUUUCAAGGACGUGUCGACGAAUCCGAGCAACCUGUUCAAGUACCAGAGCAACCCCAAGGUGAUGAGCGUGAUCAACAAGAUAGCCACAAAGUUUUCGGGCGGUGCUGGUGGAUUGGGCGGUAUGAUGGGCGGUCUGGGUGGUAUGAUGGGCGGCAUGGGAGGGGCAGGUGGGGCCCCACCGCCGUCCAAGCCCUCCGAGCCCGAUGACUUUGGUCUGGAUUAG